AUGACAACUACAUUACAUGAAGAAAUCAAAAAAAUGGAAACAAAUGAAAUUAUCCCUCAAAUAGUAAAGUCAGUUCCAUGUAAAAAAUUAAUAGUAAAGUAUGGUAUUAGAGAAAUGGAUUUGGGAGAUGUUAUAACACCAACAGCAGCAAAAGAUAAGCCAACAUUAGUAGAUUAUGUGUACGAAAAGGAUCAAUUUUAUACAUUAAUAUUAAUAGAUGCCGAUGACCCAUCAAGAACCAAUAGAUUAAAUGCAGAGGUUAAACAUUGGAUUUUGGUUAAUAUAAAAGAGAAUAAUGUAAAUAAAGGUGAACAUUUGGUUCAAUAUUUGGGACCCACACCACCUGUUGGUACAUUUUUACACCGUUAUAUUUUCAUAUUAUGUAAACAACCUUCAAAAUUAGAUUUCAAAGGAGAAUAUAAAAUACCAUUCACUUUGGAAAAUAGAAAAAAUUGGAGUUCUGAUGAAUUUAUAAAAAAAUGGGAUUUAAUUAUAGAAGGAAUAAAUUAUUUUGAAUGUCAAUAUGAUGACCAAGCACAAUUUAUAAAUGAAAAAUUAAUAGAAUCACAGGAAGAAUCAAUAAAAAUUAAAUAA